UCUCACCCUAAGUAAAUAUGUUUGUGUUGUUGUAUAUUUGAUUUGUUGAGUGCACGCGUACUGCAUAUAAAUGCAUACGUGACUCAUAUACAUAAAUGUACAUAUGUUGUGGCCCUUUGGUACCAACACACAUGUUCAUUUGUGAACACAUGCAUAUAUGAAAAAAAAUCGCAAAAUCGGAUUAAAAACGUGUUUUUAAAUUUUAAUAUAAUCUCAAAUAACGGAUUGAAAAAUAAACAAAAAGCCAUUUUGAAGACAAAUAUCGAAAAAAAAGUUAGCUAACCUAAAAUACCGAUAAAAAAAAAUAUUUAUAUUCUUAUAUUCUCAAAAAUUAAAAAACUAAACAAACAGAGGUGUUGUGGAAUCCAAUGUGACAAAAUUUGGAAAAAAAUUCUAUUAAGUUUUUAAUGAGUUCCGAAUUAAAGAAAAAUUUGUAGAGAUCUAAAACACAAAAAACAAGAAGAUUCUUCAUUAGUAAGGAUGUCGUUAUCGGGUUGACCAUUUUCAAACAAAAAAUAAUAAUAAAAAAAUAAAAAUAUAUCAAAUCAAAAUUUUUGGAAAUCCAAGGCAGACACGAUAGAGCAUUGUAUAAAGAAGAUAUAUACCAAAUUUCAAAGGAAUGGGUUCAGUAGCACUUAAUAUAUACAUACAUAUGUAUGUGUGUCAACCACCACCACCAAAAAAACUAAGAAAAGUUAAGUUUGAACAUACAUAAGUAUGUUUAAACAACAUUAAGUAAAUAUUGUUUGGUCAAAGACCACUUUUUUUUUUCAAAUUUUAAAAAAUUUUACAUAGAAUAUAGCACUUUGUUUUUGAAAUAUUCUUAGUUUACCUAGAACAUAAGUUAUUAACAAAUAUGAAUCUCUUUGAAUAUUUGUUUGCGAUGCGACCUGCAUCCUGCCCGCCGUCCGACAAAUGCAGAUGCGAAAUGCAUCGAGCAAUUACUUCCCUAAGGCAGAAUAUCAAAGAUUUUGUAUCCAAAAAAUUUUCGGAUGAUGUUUAAAUAUACAACUACAUAUAAACCCUAGAAAUUUCGCUUUAACCAAUUAUUUCUUUCCCUCUUAAAAAACCUAAAAAAAACGAUUUUUUUAAGCCUCUAAAGCAGGCUCCCCCCUUAAAUAUAAGCAUUUUUUUCUAAAACUCAAUAAUUAAGACAUCUCGUGUUUUAUUCUUAUAUUUUCUGGUUAAAGAUAAUUAAUUCGUAACAAUAAUUAUAUAUAAUCUUAAUUUACAUUUCAAAUCUAUGAGCGAUUAUCUUCUUGCUUUGUUUCUGAUAGCAAAACCCUUAAAAUUGGUUUCCGUGACAUCCAAAACCGAUACAAAUUCUGUUUCGAAUAUCAAACCAAUAAUAUCUGAAUUCAUGACACCUACUACUUUUUUUUAUCGGUUUCAAUUCUGAUUCCGACAACUAUCAUAUUACACAACACCCCUGAAAAAUAUUGUUUCAAAAUUUCAAUUUAGCCCCGUUUAAAAAAGUUUUUAUACUCAAUUUUUUAUACUUCAAGUUUCCUAGUGAAGGUGCAAAACAGUUGUUUUUCUCUGCAGGAGUUAAUUCUUUACUUUUAGGCAUUUUUAAUGUGCACAAAACCAUGAUCACAAUCGAAAUAAAUGCAACUAAAACUAAAUUCAAUUCUAAUAUGCACUAGCAUCCAUAAUAUUAUCGAAAAAUAGUAAACCAAACAAAAUCCGCACGAGCUAGCAGAGUUGAAAACGAAAACAAAACUCUUUUGUGAGCACAGAAUUUCGCCGAAACGGACAAUUGUAUGUUUUCUACAAUGAAUUAAAAAUGUACUUAUGUAAGUACUUAUGUACAUACUUACAAGCUCUGGCUUUUGGCUUCCCACGAAGCGGUCCAUCAUGGUUAUACAUAUGUACAUAAAUAUCUAUGCAAAAUAUAUACAUACAUACAUAUGCAUGUAAGUAGGUAUAUGAAGGUUAGUACCAGGAUUUCUUUUAAGUAUUCACUUAUGUCCACAUAUACAUGCCUACAUACAUACAUACAUAUGUACAUAUGUAUAUGCAUAAGAACUCAAGAUAUGUUAACAUUCUACGAGUAAAUGCAAGGCGAAAUGUGUUUGCUCAUCAAAUUUUCUUUACACCAAAUAGGUCAUAACAAAUCGUUUAUGAAACAUGAUACUCACUCACUUUGUUUGUGGAGGCAUAAUACGCAACAGUAUGCAGUAUGCUCUUAUGAACAAAAAGUUGAUAUUAAUUUUACAAUUACUUUGGACAAUUAGUAAUAAAGUUCUCAAUUCUCUUUAAUAAUGUAAACAAAAAUGUUUAAUUGACUCCGUACUUCCAUUGAUAUUUUCAUAAAUUUACUUACAUACAUAUGUAUGUAUGUAAUUGAAUUUUAUGUGUUUUUUGUUCCUUUAACUUCAUCUUAAGAAUCAUUCUUACUGUCACUGUUUGUUGUUGUGGAGAUAAUGUACGCUUGACAAUAUUGUUUACAUACAUAUGUCCAAAUAAUUCCUUUGGAAGGCAUUAGGUACAUAAAUAAAUGCAUACAUAUAAGCAUAACCACUUUGUUCGUACACUCAGUAUUGUGUUUAGUGUUUAAUGGUUACGUCGUCAAUCGGACAUCUCGGGAAUAUAAUUUCUUUUUGCUACCAUUUACUUAUAUUUAUGCAGGGCAUAAUUUGUAAUACGCGUUAAUAUUUUAAUAUCAUUUUCUACAUAUAUAUACUUACCUUGAUUCGCCUAAAGCCAGUACAUCAGGAAAUAUUGAAAAACGUAAACAAAGUUUUAACUGACAUCAACAAAAGAACAUGUUUGAACAUGCAUCGCCGGGUAGUGCAUUGAUUAAGAUGGAGAAAGCGGUCGACGAAAAAUUAGACAGUCUGGCAAUGUAUGUGCCAUUCAUAAAUUAUUUGCUGGAAUUAGAUAAUGAGAAAUACAGAAAAUUUAAAGAUAUACAACAUUGGAUUAUAUCUAGAAAGAGGUAUCCGAUGAAUGUGCUACAAAAGAUUGAGCAGUCGAUCAUAACUCAGUACAGAAAUUUGUUUUUUGAUGAUGGGAAAGUGCCCAAACAUAUUAUGGAUAUUUUUAAUACACAUGCGCACGUUAAAUGCUUUAGUGUAAAUUUGUGCUCCGAUGACGAAGAUAACGCUGAAAAUUCAUCUGAUAUUAAAGAAGAUGACGAUGAUGUUAUUAUCGUGUCCACAUCACCAAACACACAAGAUAACGUGCAACCGCCAACAGAAAACCCAAAUCAAUUUUUCAAAAGCAAUGAUGAAGAGAUAUUAUCAACUACGCAAUGUAGCAAGAACAAAGAACAGGAAGUGUCUUUCAAGCACGCUUUAGAACCUGAACAAAAUCAAUGUGUUAAAAGCAAUGAUGAAGAGACAUCAUCAGCUACGCAUUGUAGUAAAACCACAGAACUGGAAGUGUUUUCCAAGCCCUCUUUAGAACCUAGUAUAAUUGACGAACCAAUAUGCUUAGAUUCAGAUGAAGAAGUAUUAGAUGAUGAAGUAUUAAUGAAUACAGUUCCAAACGAAGGUGAAUUAUGUGUCAAGGAGGAGCAACUUUUUAAGCGGAGAGGAGAUUUUAUAGAUAAAGUUGAAGAAAAAGAAGAAAGUGAAGCAUUUGUUCAAACGAAAGCGAAUUAUUCAAAUGAAUUGAGUAAUGUGUGGCGUAAACCAAUUGAAGUUGCGCAAUUGCACCAAAUGCAGGAGACGGACUUAAAUUUGGAGAACAUGAAUAUGAAUACAGAUAGGUGGAAACAUAUCUGUGAGGAUUUAACAAAAGAAAUUGGAAUUGAUGUCCAACAAAUGUUAAAAAGUAUAAAUUUGACUUCAUCACAAACAGGAAAAAAUAAAAAUAAGUCGCCAAAUGAGGAUUUUUAUAGUUCACCAAAUUGCACAAAUAAGUCACCGUAUGAGGAGUUUAAUACUUCACCCCAAUAUACAAAUACGGGUGUACCUCUGACUCCUUAUCCCGUAGUGAAUGCUAACGUAGUACCACCAAAUAUAUAUAGCAUGCAAACUCCUAUACUGCCACAACAAACUCCGCUUAGAUUAAAUUUGAAAGAUCCACGAAUUGUUAAAUUAUUAGAAAAAAGUAAUACUUUACAAAUGAUUUCAAUGGGCAUGCCUGUAAGAAAUGUAACUACAACGACGGAAUUACCGAAAUCUGAGCCAAAAACAUAUGGUGAUUAUAAACGGCAAAAAGCGGAGAGAGCUAAAAAAGCUGAGGAAUUGAGGAGAAGAGAAGAAGCGAAUAAAGCUGAAGAAUUGAAGAGAAUAGAGGAAGCAAAGAGUGCUGAAGCGUUAAGAAAAAUAGAGGAAGCGAAAAGAUCGGAGGAAUUAAGAAGAAUAGAGGAAACGAAAAAAGCUGAGGAACUGAAGAGAAUAGAGAAAGAGAAAAGAGCAGAGGAAUUAAAGAGAAUAGAGGCAGCAAAAAGAUCAGAGGAAUUAAGAAGAAUCGAAGAAACGAAAAAAGCUGAGGAACUGAAGAGAAUAGAGAAAGAGAAUUCCAAAAGAGCAGAGGAAUUAAAGAGAAUAGGGAUAGCGAAAAGAGCAGAGGAAUUAAAAAGAAUAGAAGAAGCGAAGAAAGCUGAGGAACUGAAAAUAAUAGAAGAAGCGAAAAGAGCAGAGGAAUUAAACAGAAUAGAAGAUGCGAAGAAAGCUGAAGAACUGAAGAGAAUAGAGGAAGCGAAAAGAGUAGAGAAAUUAAAGAGCAUAGAGACAGAAAAAAGAGCAGAGGAAUUAAAGAUAACAGAAAAAGCCAAAAGAGCAGAGGAAUUGAAAAGAAUGGAUGAAAUAAACAUGGACACUGAAAUGUCAAGUGUAAAUAAUCAGUUGGACUCAUUUGGUAGGCAACAAACUGAUUUCAGAAGUAUAAUUUUGAAUACUAUUCUACCAUAUAGUGACAAAAUACUAAAUGUCCUUAAGAAAGACAACGAUUUGCAAGAACUAACCGAUAAAAUAGCAGCAUUGGGUAAUUCCAAAAAAGAAUCAGAUAAAAAAACUGGCACUAACACAACUACAGGAAGUCAUCAAAUAUCAUCUUUUGCUGUUGCUGCAGUUAAUAUGAGCAACCAAAAUACCGAAAGUGCAAAUAACGUUCAAAAUGAUGUAGAAGAGCAGACAAAAUGCGAGCUUUACUCUAAGUGCACACAAAAGAGCAAUAAGCGUCGGCAAAAAGAGAAUAAAUCAAAACCUGCUUACAAAAGAAUACGAAGUAUUUCGUCUUCUUCAUCUUCUUCGUCAACAACAUCGGAAUCGUCGUUCAUGACAUCGCCAACAACACCGCCUUCAACCAGCUCUACAACAACUACUACCAGUAAGACAGCAAGAGAAAAUCAACCAUUGGUUUGUGAGCCAAUUAUAAAAUUAAGAAGACUUUCAGCGGAAACCAUUUCAAAAUACACGAAAACGCCGGUGAGCGAGUCCAAAACUAUAAACAUACGUUUAGUAGAAGACGUUAAAAGGACGAUGAAAACUGUGCAUCAUUUGGUCAAGGAGAAACCGAUCAAACUAAAUGUGAAAUAUAAAAACAUCGAUAUACAUAUGACCAAUAAUAAUACAAAAUUUUGUGUGUUGUGUAAAUCAAAACCAUCAGAUUUAACGAAUCACUACAAAAGGGUACACAAAAUCGAAUCUUAUGUGGCACGUCUCAGCAGAUCGGCCGUACAAUAUUUGGAAAAUAACAUUUCAUUUGCACAAAAAUUAGCAAAAAAUACAUCACAGAAUGUGAAAAAGUAUAAAAUUAAAUGCGCUUUUUGUCAGGAUGAAAUCGAAGAUAAGUUUAUAAAUUUUUACAAGCAUUUCUCUAUACACACCGGCGAAUAUGCUUUUCAAUGUGAUGUUUGCAAAUUGGAAAAACCCUACGAAUUUGACAUACAAUCGCAUAAAUGUCAUUCGAAGUCCUGUCGCAAUGCCGCUAUUCGAACACUCUACCAAUAUCCCCCAAACGUGCUGGUCAUAUAUUUAUAUUGUUGCAAAAUAUGCAAUUUCGUGCAAUUAAAUGAAGCAAAUACAUUUAAACAUUUGCGUGAUCACCACGAUAAACGGCAAGAUGAUUCGAGUUGCAUUACUAAAUAUAUACUGACAGCUAUAAAUGAUGAGGAGACUUGCGAAAAAUCCGCUGAAUUAGAAACAAACUAUGAUUUACUAAUGAAGGAUGAUGAUGUUGAAGAUAUACAGGUGAGAAAUGAGGCCAUACUGGAAGAUAUAACUGAAAAAGAGCUGGUAGAGUCAAAUCAAUUGUCUGGUAAGCAGCAAGACUUCAAAGCCACGAUUAGCAGUGGCUUAGGAAUGGUUGAACUUCCGUAUACAAAAUACUACAAAUACUCCUCUGUACUAAAUAAAAAUCCAACUUCGGUGCAGCAAAAUGAUGAAAGACCUAUAGUUUUGUCAUCAGUGGAAAAUUUUGUAAAUUCAAGUGCUGCGCCGUGUUUGGAGUACAUAAAAACGGAAUACUCGGACAUAUUACCGUUACAAAAAGAAAAUUAUAGUUGUAAGAAACUAUUGCAAAAUUCCAGAAAGAUUUCUUAUCGCCAAUAUCCAAAUGGAGUUUCUUAUUUCGGCUUAUACAAAUGCAUGGCCACGGAUUGUCUAUUCUCUACGGAUGGUAAAGAGGAAAUAUUACAACAUCUGCAGGAACAUUUGAGCAGUGAAUGCCCACCCAAAGACUGUCUACUAUGCGGUUACUGUCAAUUAGAUGCAGAGAUUUGCUCAACACCCGAAGAGCUGAUUGCACAUAUACAAAGAAAUCAUCAGCAAUCGCAGUUCCAAUGUUCAGUUUGUUGCUAUCGUGGUAUUUCACCAAGUUAUGUUUCAGAGCAUUUUAAACAUGCACACUCAGAACAAGAGUUGCAGUUUGUAUACAAAUGUGCGUUGGAUAUCAAUUUAGACACUAGUGUACCAGAAAAUAUUGCUGAAUUGCUGGAAGAAAAUGUCGAACCGCUAGUAUGUCCGCUUAAAGAUUGCGUACAAAGUUUCCAUAGCGUGGAUUGGAUGAAAAAUCAUCUCAUGCAUGCGCACUUUUUAUUAAUCAAAAAUGAAAGUAUUACAGCACUGGAAAAAUAUGCGUGUAUAUAUUGUACAAUGAAUUUUUUUGAUUUGGAUAAGGUCAAGAAUCAUUUGGCUACUAAUCAUCCCGACCAUCAACCCUACGUUUGCGAGAGAGUUUUACUUCCAGGAAAUGAGGAGGAUUUACUGCAAAAUUUAACCAUAACAUUUGUGUCGCUGCCAACAAUACCAGCUGAAAAUAUCAGGCAUGUAAAGGUGAAACAAGAAUCCGAGAAAGCGAGCAACACAACCGAGGUGGCUAUAGAAAAUCAGACUGAGUGUGACACCAAGCCAAAUUUAGAGCAAUUAGUGCGAACAGCUGAAGAGAGCGUCAAACUGAGUUUGCUCAAAUUGAUAAAAAAUACUGGCAUUUCCCCCGAUUUACUCUAUCAUUGCCCACAACCUACAUGCGGCGGAUUUUUCUCAUCCUACGACUUGUGGUAUAGGCAUAUGAGUCUACGGCAUUGUUGUCUUUUAAGUAUUUGUCCACAUUGUACCAAUGAUAAGAAGACCGAGUUGCCAUUGCUCGAUUUCAAAGAGCACUUCCAACAACACUGUUGUCAUCUAUAUGGAUGUUUCCAUUGCGGUGAAACAUUUUCUAAUGAGCAGGCAACCAGAGAUCACAUAACCCUUGCGCACACAAAUAUAAAUACAGACUCUACGACGAUACAAACAGCAAAGGUGGCACUCUAUUUCAAUCAAUCAUUUAAUAUAUUAUUGAAAUCGGGUCAAGAGAAGGAUAGGUACACACUUUUGCUGGAGCUGCAAGAAGUGAUACAAAAUCGUUGUAAAUAUGUAGAAAAGUUGUACUACGAGUCUUUAAAAACACAGUGGAUUGUACCGGUGACUGCGACGUGGUUGGAGAACUUUCCAAGUUUUAGAACUAAUGACCGGAUCAAACGGAAGUGUUUUUGUCGAAAUUGUCCCUUCCAAACGUAUGAUAAUGAAUUAUUUUAUACACAUUUAAGACAAACUCAUCAGGUCAAUGAUAAUAAAUUUGUGUGUGCGAAAUGUGACUUUCAUGUAGCGUGCAAAAACUGGGACCCUAUUAUAGAUCACAUAAAAAUGCAUGUUCUGAAUAUACACAUAUGCUCGGUAUGCUCAUUUUAUCAUCAUGAUCGGCAAGCAAUACGUGCACAUUUGUCGCAAGAGCAUCGCUUUAGAGAUGUGCCGAUUGUGACGCUAAUACGUUCGUCGUUGAAUACUCAAAUUUCAAUAGCCAUUGUAUUUGCACAGCAAAGAAAAACAUUUUCCACCAUAAACAGCUGUUUUUGUUGUGAUAAAAGCAAUAGUUCGUGGAAUGCAUUAGCCACACAUUUGAAGAAAACUCAUCAUUUGACAUUGCAAUAUUUUUGUGAAAUCUGCGACGAGUCACUUAAGCUCACAGAAUGUGAUGUGCAUUUUAGCAACUGUCAUCCAACAGCAGCUUUAAGGGUUCGCUGUCUUAUUGCAACUAACACUCAAAUAUCUAUGGAUAGCGUGAUGCCAUUGAAACUCACAAUCGAAUCAAAUACCAAUGAUGCACUCGGCGUAGCAAUUAAACAAGAACCCUGUGAUAUUGAUAUGGAUAGUGACAUUGAACUAAUUAAUGACGAUGAUAUUGUCAUCGCUAAUGAUAUGCAAAUGUGCGAAACUCAGAAAAAUCCGACAGUUAUAAGAUGUGUGAGUGUUGCGAAUCUACAAAGACAGCACACAACUAACGGUAAUUUCGAAACGCUUGCAUUGCCACAGUCACCGCUGCCAGUUGCCGACCCUAAACCGAUAAGAUGUGUGAGUGUUGCGAACCUACAAAGUCAACACACAAAUAACGGUAGUUUUGAAAUGCUUACAUUGCCACAACCACCACUUCCAGUUCCAGUAUCAAUACCACAGUUACAGCCACAGCCAAUGCAACAGCUGCAAUUGCAAUCACAAUUCAUUCCACAGUUCGUGCCUCAAGCGAGGCAUAUCAACCCGACGAAAGUUACAAAUGCAAAAACGCCGUUGUUUACACCGCCAUUAGCAAUACAUAACAAAAAUCCGAAUUUCGCUGGUGACUACAAUUACAGGCCUGUUGAAAUUGUUGUAAAUGCCACAGCGGAAAAAGACGGUGUAGCCCGUGUUUCAAGAGGAGGGAAAACGCCACAAUAUUAUCGUGAAUACCGAGCACGAAAGAAAGCAGAGCGGGAAAAGGAGAAAUUUGAAAUGAUAGCUGGCAGUCAAACGAGGAAGAGGAAAACAGCUGCGGAAUAUCAGAGAGCGCGUAAAAAAGAUUCAACGUCUGCUAUUUCAUCAAUCUCUGCGGGAGCACCUAUAAUUACUGAUGAAUCAACGAUUUCCAAUUCCGCGGGAAAAGACAGUGCAGCCCGUGUUUCAAGAGGAGGGAAAACACCACAAUAUUAUCGUGAAUACCGAGCACGAAAGAAAGCAGAGCGGGAAAAGGAGAAAUUUGAAAUGAUAGCUGGCAGUCAAACGAAGAAAAGGAAAACAGCUGGGAAAUAUCAGAGAGCGCGUAAAAAAGAUUCAACGUUUACUGUUUCAUCAAUCUCAGCGGGAGCAUCUAUAACUACUGAUGAAUCAACAUUCGUCAAUUCACCGAUAACUGGUGGACAUUCAACGCGUGUUGAUGGAUUAAUGGCGGCUGGUCCUCCGAUCGAUGUUGAUAAAAUAAAUGACAGUGAUAAUACGCAUAACUCAACGGAUUCCAGGUUAUGUGGUGCGGAAAAAGACGGUGUAGCCCGUGUUUCAAGAGGAGGGAAAACGCCACAAUAUUAUCGUGAAUACCGAGCACGAAAGAAAGCAGAGCGGGAAAAGGAGAAAUUUGAAAUGAUAGCUGGCAGUCAAACGAAGAAAAGGAAAACAGCUGCGAAAUAUCAGAGAGCGCGUAAAAAAGAUUCAACGUCUGCUAUUUCAUCAAUCUCUGCGGGAGCACCUAUAAUUACUGAUGAAUCAACGAUCGUCAAUUCACCGAUAACUGCUUGACAUUCAACGCGGGCAGUGCAGCUGUGAUAAAUUUAUUGCGAAAGCAAAUGUUCUACAAAUGCAAUCCUCCGAGCAAUAAUUAUUCUCUUCAAAAUUUUCAACCAUGAAACCGAGAAGGCUUUACGUCGAUGGUAAAAUUGUGAUAAAUAAAAAAUACAACUCUACUUACUAACUUAUGUAUAUGCCAUAUAUGGUAUAUAUAUUCAAGAGAUUACCGCUGCUAAAAUUAAAUGAAAUUACACUUAAGUUUUAUAAUUUUUUUUAACAUUUUAAUAUGUAAAACAAAAUGCCUUACGACCAUGACAAAAUGUCUAGUUGCGAUAUAGAUAUAAAGUGAACUUAGAAUUAUAUAUUCUGGUCGAACAUAUUGCCAAAAAUUUUGUACUGGUUUGGUAUUAUUAAUUGAGGUAUGCAUUCAAUGGGUUAUAUUGAAGCAAUUAGUUAAGAUCUUUAUUAACACAUUAUGCAUUUGUAUUUAUGUUAUAAACAACCAUAUUUGUAUAAGUUUUGAAGUUAAUUGAAAUAAGUUCUAUGAAUUUUUUAAUUUGCAACUUUAUUUUCUUUUUUACGAUUUUAAAAUUUAUUACUUAAAAGUCGCAAUAAACUAUUGUGAAUAUAUAAAUACUAUUAAGAAACGUGUACGUGUAUGUCCUUUAGCAAUAACAUACAUAUAAAAGUAUAAAAUACAACAUUUUAAGGAAUAAACUAAACAAUAUUUUUUUAAAAAAUACCAAUUUGAAAAUUAAAGUUUUUAUAUUC